AGGACCGUGAAGUUUCAAGUCGCGCGGCGCGCUUUAAAGAUAAAUAGUGGAUCAAAGAGACGAAUUCUACCGUGGCAGGGAUUAAUCAGAAUUGAAUAAUAUUAAUUAAUAUUAAUUAACGCCGAUAACAGUAAUAUCCGUCGCAAAAUUGUCGUAAUAACGCUGAGUCACUCCGUUGGGACACGCUGCCUCGCGUGCCGCGAUAAUCAUGCAAAACUUGGCGUCUCAUUGUCGCUGGGAAGGAAAAAAACAGACAGAAAUUUCCCGAGAUCCGUGAAGGAAAACGCGCCCGCGACGCGCACGUGUCUCGCUUACGGCGCCGAUUGUUAAUACGUGACUUCCUCGCAGAAAUAAAGCGGACGUCUCGAUUUCCGUCGCGUCCACUGCGCCAAGCCCCUGGACAUUCGUAGCAACUGAACAAUUUUUCACAUUGUAUUUUAAUCUUUUUAUUAUAUACACGCAUAUAUAUUUUUUUCUUAGAUAUAGAUUCUUAGAUAGAUUCUUAGAUAGAAUAUAUAUUAUAAUGUAAAACGAGUCGCGACGGAUCAUCGCGAAUGGCCGAAUGAUCAAAUUCGAUAGAUCAAAUUCUCCGAGUCACUUGAGAGAACGUCUGCCACGUACGUUCGCUCACAUUGCAGGAAUUCCUCGUGCGUGAGCAGACUGCGUUAUUUGAACAGCUGUUCGCACCGGGUUGUUGUUGCGCCAAAAUUCGAACAUCGAACCGAUCGACACGAUAGUUUUGCUCAUCGCGAAGCGCGUCGACCCUCUCUCUCUCUUCUCUGCCUCCCCCGUCUUUUCCUAUCUCUCCCUGUCUCUUCCUAUCUUUUUUGUCUCUCCCUGUCUCUUCCUCUCUCUCUUUCUAUCUAUCCAUCUUUCUUUCGUCGUGUCGGAUUUCUUUUGAGAAAAUUGUUUACGCGAGAUCUGUGUAAGCGGGGCAAUGCCUCCUGUUACACCUGUUACCUUCCGUCGCGUACUCUAAGACGAAUGCGAGAAAUCGCAUAUGUUCGAUCGGGACACCGAAACUCAGUGGCGAUAAUCGUUCUUAUCGGCAAUUACGCACUAGUAUUUCCCGGGCUGAUAGAACACCAUCGGUAUCGCUGUUGAGAUAUACCGGACGGUUUAUUUUCUUUUUCUUUUCCUUUUUUCUUUCAUCUGAGAAACUCCGGCGUGAAAUUACGGUGGAUCGAGUGUACAUCGGGGAGGUUAGAUCGAUAAGAUGAACUAUAAGACACCUUAUCGCCGCUCGUUCCACUCUGUGUCAAUAAAUUACAUCGCGGUGAUAUCUCGACGGAAGAUCGUUCAGUAUUAAUCUCGUCGUCGUAGGAAACGUGUCUCGCGCCCACUCUUCGCGCACCUCGUUGUGUGUUUCUCCGUAAUUCAUGGGACUUUAUUCCGCGUCAUUGUUCCAUCUUUACAACGUGUUCCAUUUCAAUUCCCAGGAAAGAGCGGCCGUUUAAGUAGACCGUGACAGUGAAUGAGAGUACGGAAGACCCAAGUAAACCCAUUGAAACUCGACGAGAGCGAACGUGAGCAAUCGCGAGUCGAGUGUUGUCGCCGUCACGAACUUACCCGAGUGUGUCUCGGCUGCUCUCCUGAAAGUUACGACCGAUUCAUGAAUGAGCGUCGACAGGGGAUUGAACAUGCUGCACAAGCAUGGAAGCAAGUCGCAUCACGGCGCCAUGUAUAAGGGCAGAGGCGCGUUCCUGAAAUCCAUGUCGGAGUUCCCAGUAGAGGGAGGCGAGAACGGGGACAUGCACACCGUCAUGGAAAACUUCCAGAAGAAGAACAACCUGGUGACCGGCAGGACACACGUCACCCAUCAUCCGCAGGUCACCACGUCGUCACAGAUGCUGACGACGAACCAGAGCCAGAGCAGCAGCAGCACCAGCACCAGCAGCAGCAGCUCGAGCAGAGUGGCCAAGUCCUCGCAGAGGAUCCUCACCUCGUCCUCGUCGAGUGAGAUGAAAGCGAGCUCCAUGAAGAGCGACCUGACGGAACUCAAGCGCGGCAUCUCGGAGAUGAAGAACAUCUCCACCAACUUCUCACAGCGAUUGCGCAGCAGCAUGGAGAACCUCGUAGACAGAGACGGCAGCGGGCCAGAGGAAGCCGACCUGACGGAACCGCUGGUGACGUUUCCCGAUCCGGACACACCGCCGCCUGUCAGUGAUGCUGUCACGCUGACAGGCGGCUCCCCGUCGCAACUGAGCACGCUGAAUUCUCUGAACAAUCUUCACGGCAUGAGCCCACCGAUCAGCAUGUCGAACAUAUCGAAUAUGGCGAACUUACCUGCCGGCCAAGAAACCAUGAAGUUCGAGCAAAAGAAAAUGACCAGCGCUUCUAAGACGAAGGUGGUCACGGACGGAUUUAGCGCCGAGAAGGCAACGGCGAACAGCGCCGAGAUGAGGGCCCUCCAAGCCGGCGACGUCUCGUACAAAGAGCAGAGCGCCGCGACAGCAGCGAGGGCGCGCGUCGAGCUCGACGGCGUGUCCGCGGAGAAGAGCGUCGCUUCCGCGAGGGAACAGAGAAGCCUGAAGGCCGGCGACCUGUCGCAUCAGGAGAGCAACAACGUGGCAGCGUCUACUAUGAAGCUCCAGAGUGACUCCUUCAGCUCGGAGAAGAAAGCGAUGGCGGCGCAGCAACAACGGCAGACGGUCACGUCAACCGGCAUCUUCAACCACGAGAAACACAUAGCUGCCAGCUCACAAUCGAGCAUCACAAUCGCGUCCAAAGGCGUCACCUCGAAGUCAUCGAUGAUCAGCGCCGCGAGCGCAGUGAAUCAGCUGAUGAACGGCAUUCGGCCGGCCGAGGAUGAGCUGCUGUUGUUACCAUUGGACGACCUCGACCUGCUCUGCUCCAAGUCGAAUCCGCAGGACGUCGAACGCGCGAUCGCCAAGUACUGCGGCUUUCUCGACAGCUUCGUGGAGAGGCUGAAGGCGAACGACGGCAAGAGUGGCAAGGCGCCGCUCCUGCUGAACAGAGUGAACGAGAUCAUCAGGAAGGCCUGGGCAGUGCCAACGCAUGGCCACGAGCUCGGCUACACCCUGUGCAACACUCUGAGGACCCGCGGCGGCCUCGACCUUCUCAUGUCCAACUGCGUAGUGAAUGACCACGAGCUGCAGUUCUCGUCAGCGAGAUUGCUGGAGCAGUGUCUGACCACGGAGAAUCGCGCCCAUGUGGUGGAGAACGGCUUGGAGAAGGUAGUGAACGUGGCGUGCGUGUGCACAAAAAACGCGAAUUCGGUGGAUCACUCACGCGUCGGCACUGGCAUCCUCGAGCAUCUAUUCAAGCACAGCGAGGGCACAUGCAGCGACGUGAUCCGACUGGGCGGCCUCGACGCGGUGCUAUUCGAGUGCCGCAAGAACGACGUGGAGACGUUGCGACAUUGCGCGGGCGCCCUGGCGAAUCUGUCGCUGUAUGGCGGCGCCGAAAACCAAGAGGCGAUGAUCAAGCGGAAAGUGCCCAUGUGGCUGUUCCCGCUCGCCUUUCACAACGAUGACAAUAUCAAGUACUACGCCUGCCUGGCGAUCGCCGUGCUGGUCGCCAACAAAGAGAUCGAGGCGGCUGUGCUCAAAUCCGGCACCCUCGAUCUCGUCGAGCCUUUCGUCACGUCGCAUAAUCCUUACGAGUUCGCUAAGUCGAAUCUCGCUCACGCUCAUGGUCAGAGCAAGAAUUGGCUGGAACGAUUGGUGCCAGUACUGAGUUCGAAGCGAGAAGAAGCGAGAAACCUGGCAGCUUUCCACUUCUGCAUGGAAGCUGGUAUUAAGCAGAGACAAGGUAACACCGAGAUCUUCAGAGCGAUCGGUGCGAUCGAACCCUUGAAGAAAGUCGCCAGUUGUCCCAAUGCCAUCGCCUCCAAGUAUGCGGCGCAAGCUCUGAGGUUGAUCGGUGAAGAGAUCCCUCACAAGCUCAGCCAACAAGUGCCUCUGUGGUCCACCGAGGACGUCAGAGAAUGGGUAAAGCAAAUCGGCUUCGCCGAGUGCGCGACCAACUUUGUGGAGAGCCGCGUGGACGGCGAUCUGCUAUUGCAGCUGACCGAAGAGAACCUGCGCGAAGAUAUCGGCCUGACAAACGGCAUUAUGCGCCGGCGAUUCGCCCGUGAGCUGCAGAACCUGAAGAAAAUGGCUGACUACAGCAGCCGCGACACCGGCAACCUCAACAGUUUUCUACAGUCCAUCGGUCAGGAGUUUUCUAUUUACACGUACGGCAUGCUAAACGCCGGCGUGGACAAGGAAUCGAUACGCAAUCUUUCGGAAGAUCAGCUGCUGGCCGAGUGCGGCAUUACAAACAGCAUACACCGGCUCAGGAUACUGAACGCUAUCAAGAACAUGCAACACAAUCAGUUCAGCUCGUGCGAAUACGAGUCUCCCGACAAGUGCCUCGACGUGUUCGUCAGCUAUCGCAGGUCUAACGGCUCGCAGCUCGCGAGUCUGCUGAAGGUGCACCUGCAGUUGCGCGGUUUCUCCGUGUUCAUCGACGUGGAGCGACUCGAAGCCGGCAAGUUUGAUAACAACUUGCUGCAGAGCAUCAAGCAAGCAAAGCACUUCCUGCUGGUGCUCACGCCUCAAGCUCUGGAAAGGUGUAUACAAGACAGCGAGUGCAAGGACUGGGUUCACAGAGAAAUCGUUGCCGCGUUACAAUCGGACUGUAAUAUAAUCCCGAUCAUCGACCAAUGCUUCCAAUGGCCGGAGCCCGAAGAGCUUCCCGAGGACAUGCGAGCGGUCUGCCACUUCAACGGUGUCCGCUGGAUUCACGACUAUCAAGAUGCCUGCGUAGACAAAUUGGAAAGAUUUAUGCGAGGAGAGUUACCCAUGAGACCUGACUUAUCUGGCGGAAUCCCGCGCAGCAUGGCGCCCAAGGAUGUGACUACGCCGAGCACACCGGGAAGCACGAAUAUACGACAGCCGCCUAGCUAUCAGCGAAUGCUCAGCAACGAGAGCAGGAACAGCGACAAGGAUUCUACGGCCAAGAUCGCGAAUCGUGCUAAGACAAUCGCGACUAGGCUUAGAAAAUCGUCGAGUCCGUUCCGUUGGUUGAUGGGCCUGCCGCCAGCGUCCCCUCGCUUCAAGUUCAUACACACGCAUCCUGGUGACGGCAGCGGCAGUCCAGCAGUGCCUCGCAGACCGCCACGACAACAGCCACCUCCACCUUCUGCACGUUCUCGCUCGCUGGAGUUGCUGGACCAAGAUGAAGAGGAAGAGCGAAAGUCCGUGGCUUCCACGGCGAUCGUGCAAACGCGACCGCCGCUUCCCAGACCAAGAUCGCGCAGUUUGGAUGGUCUGUUGGACGAGGACACGAAGAGCAGCAGCGGCGGUGGCGGUGGGUCCUGCGAUCGCUUAGAAUCCUGUGAGCAGGACAAGCAGAAGAGCCACAGUUAUCUUGCACGAAGUCAGGAAACCACCGUCGAGACUUCUACAUCUGAGGAAAAUCCCGUGCCGGUUCCCAGGGCAAAGCCGAAGCUUGCCGAAUGCAAACCCGAGACAGAGGAUACGCCAAUGUCUUCGAACGAUAAGGACAAAAGCGAGAAAGAAGAGAUCCCGCCGACGCGUCCUCCGAAGCCGAAUCGACGUUCUUUCAGUUUGGAAGGACCGUCGUCGACGACGUCUGGCAAACAGUGCGACGAGCAAGAGCGGCAUGUAGAGGAACAAGCAACAACACAGGAGAAACUGAUAAGAGUUAACGACAGAAACGACGAUGACAAUGACGAUGACGACGACGACGACCACAACGACAGAUCGACGAUGCUGAAAGCGAGGAGCUGUGGUGCGGGUCUGGACUCUGACGGGAGCGUCUCGUCGAGCGAGUACGGUGGCAGCAGGCCCACGGGUCCGAAGAAAGGCCCAGGCUCGCUGCUGUCAUUGCCGGCGGGCGCGGAGCCCAAGCGCAAACGGAACUUCAUGGACAAAUGUGUAAACAAGGUGCGGUCGUUUAUGAGGAAGUGAGCGGACGAUGUAAAAGUGAAGAGACUCGUUAUUUAAUCUUGCAAGGAGCUAAACUUUGGUCGAAGUGUCCGCGAGCCCGAACAACGACAAAACCCAAAGAGCUUUUUGAAGAAAAUUCAAAGACCGACUAUGAACAAUUGCUAUCGCUCUAUAGACGCCUCUCUGCAUCCGUCCGAAAAAUCUCAGAUGUAUUUAAAAAGGUUAGAGAAAAUGUAGACAGUUUUUAUGCGCCUUUAACAUUUUUCAACUAUCUAUAAAAGACGCGUAUAAAAGUGUCACAAAGGAGUCCGUUGUUCGGGAGCGUUCGGAUCGCCGAUAACGAUCCCCGAAUCUCGCGGUAUUGUCCGAAUAACUUAUAUUCAAUUAUAUUUAAACUUAUUUGAACUCUUAUGUAAUUUAAAUAAGUUUAAAUAUAAUUAAAUUCAAACUUUAUGUGUAUUUAUAAUUAUAUUUAAUUUAUCUUAAAUUUCCCGCGUGGACUUCGUGGUCCAACUCGUGUACAAUGACAGGCAGCAUGAAAGUAUAGUCACAAAUGUUGCGCCUCAAACGUGACAAGUGUCUUCGUAGGAGCCUCGAGAUUCGUCUCUUAAGUGGAUUAGCCUGCUUUUCCAGGUGCCUUUUUGUAUUUUCUCGUUGAAUUGUACUGUGCAUAUACGCAUGAUGCAUAAACGAAUAUACAUAUAUAUAUAUAUAUAAACAAAUCGAACGUUUAGCUAAGGCGGCUAGAUUGUUAUUUGUAAUACUAUUUUUCUAGGCAGUUCUCUCCUCUUUAGAUCGCAUCUAAAGGUGUGUGACUCUUGUCACGAAUCAUGGUUGUUCUUAUCGCAGCUAACACCGGGAAUAAGUUACACCGCGUGCUGAUGUUCGGUAGAACGUACGCGCAUUCAAUGAACAGAACGACAUUUCUCAUCGAAGAUCGAACAAUUUUUUCCUCUGUUGAGAUCUAACCGGUUGAAAUAUCUUUUCACACUUUAAAACUCUUUGUAUCUCGCCAGCCAUGUCGGAUUUGUGACGUUAGAAACGAGGAAUGACGAAAAUGAAGCAUGCAGACUCGUCAUUUCAUCACUUAUUAUACGAUUAUUAUCAAGAGAAAAAGAUAUUUUCUGGACAAUUUUACAAAUAUAUUCAAGCAGUUUCAUCAAAAGAAAAAAUACUUUUUGAACAAUUUUACAAGUAUGCUCUUUCUUCAAUAUUUAUCUUUAUUCAGAAAUGGCACGCAAUUUUCAGUAUGUCAUUCUUCGUUUCUGACGUACAUAUUCAACAUGGUCGCGACAAAGUACAAGGAGCUUCAAGAUCCAUAUUAAUAGUCUAUUACUUGAAACUCCCAAAUACUCAGACUUGCGUUCAGAGUUGAAUGAGUUUUUCAGUUGAACCGCGAUUACAGAUAUACAAUGUGACAUAAUUUAAUUAAACAAAUUAGAUUUAACUCUGAAUAAAAAUCUAAGAGUUUCACAUGAGACAAACGUCAAGCAACGACUAUUAACACAUCCGAAAUUUCAAGAUUAAAAUCGCCGUUUUCUCUAAUCAAUCGCAGAAAUUCGUGUCUCGACAGUCCAAGGCAAAGCCAUUCCAAUUCGGCGAAUGCGCUCGAAUUACCAAACACUAAGGCCCAUAUUCUGAAUCCUUUUUUAUCGAUAAAAAUGCCUUAAAUGUAGUUUCUCAGCCAAUCAGCCUCGGCUCCUAAACCUCUUUUAGAGACACUUUUAUAGAUAAAAAAAAGUUCAGAAUAUGGGCUUAAAUGCAUAACCGCGACUGUUACUCCCCGUCUUUUUUUCGCGAUAUUUUAUUAUUUAACAUUGUUUUUAUCAUAUCCGCAUCGUCGAUACGCUCUACGAGAUAAUACUCUCGCCGAAGGCAGCGAGAGUUCGAAAGCGGCGAAUAUUCGUAGUUUCGAUAUUCGUAGUUUAAGAAGCCCUGAUUAUCUCGCAAAACUUGUAUAUUUUACCAAAGUUUCGUAAAAUGAAGUUACGAAUUUUAUUGACAUGUUUGAAUGUUUCCCCGAAAUAAAUUUUAUUUAGCGAAACAGCCA